UGUGUUUGCCUAGCCUCACACCAAGGCUGUGGACUCCACCGGGGGACUGGAUGCAGCUGGGUGCCAUCAUACCCAUGCCAACACCCAGGCUGCCCAUCCCUCACCCUGCUGUUACUGCAGUGCAGUGUCCUCUCUGCUUCCUUUGCCCUGAAACCUCAGAGCUGCAUCGUCAGAGCCAUGGUGGCAGUUUGGCUCCACACAGGAUGCCACAGCAUGGAGCCCCCCACUAAGUUCUCACUGAGAGUUGCCCACCACGGGCAUCAGGGCACUCCCACAAGGCAGGGAGGGACCAGAAAAGGGGGGUGUGUGGUCAUCGGUGCCAGGAGCAUGUGUCACCUGGGAGAAGGGGGGCUCUACACCUUGGCACAGGUGCCACCACCAGUAACCAGCCUGACACUGGGCAUCAGACUGGGCCAGGGGCUGUGUCUUGAAUGAGAAGAGGUUCUUGUGCCUGUUGAGCCACUUGUGCCCUGGGGGGAGCCCAGGUUAUGCUGGCAGGCAGGUUACUGGGAGGUACUGGGACUUCGUGGGGCCCUGGGCCCCACCUGCGUAAGCAUUUCGGGGGGGCAUCACUGGCGUUUAUUUGAGUGCAGGGUGAGGCAGUGGCCGGCAGGUAAUGAUUAACCCUGGGCUCAACCCGAGGAUGAGGCCCCCCCGGGACAAGGGGCUGGGGACCUCUGUCCAGCUCCUAGGGACCAUGGCUCAACCCAUGGGGUCAGAGAGAUGCUGCCCUUCACCCCUGCCCUGGGAUGCCCAGCCACUGCCCCUUCCCCAUGUCCCCAUCUGAUGUGGCACCCACCUGCAGCAUGGGGACACUACCGGUGGUGUCCCUCUGAGCCAGCCAGAGCGGACCCAGCCCAGUAGGAAGCAGCUGUGGGGGCCCCAUCGGAGGGCACACCCUGUGCCAAGCGAGACAGGGGGACUCUCCCCCCUCCCCCCUCCUCCUCGGGGCUGGCAGCAGGGUGGGGCCUCCCCACCUGCUCCAGGUGCGCUAUAAAGCUCCUGCCGCUGUGGUGCUGCCAGUUCCUGAUCGCAGGGUCGUGUAGCGCACCGAUGGCUAACGGGAGAGCAGCCGCCAGAGCCCCGAGAGGCGUCAGGACCCCCAUGGCAUUCACUGCCCUUCUGCUGCUGCUGCUGGGCACAGCUUCCCGAGCUGGUGCCGCAGUCUCAGAUGUGUUCACCGAGAGCACCACGGAGACCACGACUGACACAGAGACAACCACGACCGAAACGACCACCAUGGAGACGACCCUCACGACAACCCUCCCUGCCUCGAGCACUGUUCUGAACAUCUCCAAAGACACGAGUGACAACGGGACCCAAACCUCCUCCUAUGCCACAGUUUUCCCUGCCACAGGCAACUUCACAAACGUCCAGAUCAGGAACGGCUCUGCAGCCAGCAGCACCAUGGCACCUGCCUUUGGCAGCACUGCCGUCUCCAGCACCAACACCACCGCGAACAGCAGCUCCCUGUCUCCCACCGACCCCAACGGCAAUGGGAACAGCAACGCUCAGGUUAUCCCCACGCAGGAAACUUUUGUCACCGCUGGCAGCACAGCCCCCAGGCUGACCCCCACAGUCGUGCUGGAUAACCACCGCGGUCCCAACCCCAGCAAAGCUGCAGUCCUGACUCCCUCCACGGUCCAGCUGCUCCUCCGUGUCCCACUGUCCUUCCGCAUCCUCAAUAGGAGAUUCAACGAGAGCCUGCGUGACCCCACGUCGAAGGAGUACCAGAGCCUGCAGUACGAUAUCUUGAGCAUGUUUGAGCGUGUCUUCGACUGCGUGGGCUGCAUGAACAGGCAGAUCUACAAGGGCUGCAGCGAGAUGCAGUUCAGCCAAGGCUCGGUGCAGGUGGACUCCACCCUCGUGUUCGGGCGUGGCAAUGGCAGCGUCACCAGCACUGCUGCUGAGCGGCAGCUGAGGAGCAGCCUGGACCCCAACGGCUUCAUCAUGGACCUGCAGCUGGCUGACAUCCAGAGUCCUGUGGAGGUGAUAUCCUCAGCACCAGUGCCUGUGGUCCCAGACUGGGCUAUUGCUCUGCUGGUCCUGGUCUGCCUCCUGCUGCUGAUGAGCAUCCUCACCUGCCUCCUGAUGACCACCUGCACCUGCCGCCGGAAAAGCCGAGGGAAGCUGGACCUGUCCAACAAGAAGGACUCCUACCACCCUAUGGCCGAGUACCCCCCGUACCAGAGCCACGGGCGCUAUGUGUCACCCAACAGCAAGCCCAGUCCCUACAGCCAGGUGGCCAGCAGCAACGGCGCCGGGACUGGCACCUUCACCUACACCAACCCUGCUGCUGGCUCCGACAACCUCUGAGGGACUCGCCAGGACAGUGGGCGGCUGCCGAGAGGAGGGGUUGGCCGCAGCCCCCUGCUCCCGGGGAGCAGCACCGGUCCCCGGGCACAUCCCCCGGCGGUGCUGCUCGGCCCCGCGCCGCGGCCAGCAGGAGCCAACUGGUUCUGGAGCAGCUGGAUUCGUGCGCACGGCAGAACUGGAUGAACAAAGAUUUGGGGCGGAAGGGAGGGUCCCCUGCACACCCCCCACACCCCUCCCCCAAAGCCCUGCACUCGCUUGGCUUUGCAACCCUGCUCCGUGCCGUGGGUGUGGGUCCAAGCUUGUGCCCCUCUGCGCUCGCCCCUGGCGGUGCCAUUGCUCUUUCGGUGAUGUUAUUUCCUAUCAAUACAGACCUGCAGGGCGUCAGCACCGGCUCAGCUUGGCAGGGAAGCAGGGUGGCAGGGAAGCAGGGUGGCAGGGAAGCAGGGUGGCAGGGAAGCAGGGUGGCAGGGCCUGGGCCCUGGCAUAUUUAUUGCAUUUCACAAUAAAAGGAUGGGUGCAGUGGGGG